CUCAAACUCGUCAAACACCUUCCUCUCUGCUUCUUACUGAAAUAAGAAACAGAGGAGUCUCCGAUCAGCUCAAAAACCCUAAUCCACCAUGGCUCUUGCCGUCGAGAAAACCUCCUCUGGCCGUGAAUACAAAGUCAAGGACAUGUCCUUGGCCGACUUCGGUCGUCUCGAGCUCGAAUUAGCCGAAGUUGAAAUGCCGGGACUAAUGUCUUGCCGGACGGAAUUCGGUCCUUCUCAGCCAUUCAAGGGUGCUAGAAUCACCGGAUCCCUCCACAUGACUAUCCAAACCGGUGUCCUCAUCGAAACCCUAACUGCCUUGGGCGCUGAGGUCAGAUGGUGCUCCUGCAACAUCUUCUCAACACAAGACCACGCCGCUGCCGCCAUUGCACGUGACUCCGCCGCCGUGUUUGCUUGGAAAGGGGAGACUCUUCAGGAAUACUGGUGGUGUACGGAGAGGUCACUUGACUGGGGCCCAGGCGGUGGUCCAGAUCUGAUCGUGGAUGAUGGUGGUGAUGCCACGAUGUUGAUUCACGAAGGAGUGAAAGCAGAGGAGGAGUUCGCGAAAACCGGUAAGUUGCCGGAUCCCACCUCCACUGACAACGCCGAGUUCCAGAUCGUGUUGUCGAUUAUCAAGGAAGGUUUACAAAUCAAUCCGACAAAAUACCACAAAAUGAAGGAGAGAUUAGUCGGAGUAUCGGAGGAAACCACCACCGGCGUCAAGCGUCUCUACCAGAUGCAAGCUAACGGCAGCCUACUCUUCCCCGCCAUUAACGUCAAUGACUCCGUCACCAAGAGCAAGUUCGAUAACUUGUACGGCUGCCGUCACUCCCUCCCCGACGGUCUAAUGAGAGCCACCGACGUAAUGAUCGCCGGGAAAGUCGCCGUCGUCUGCGGGUACGGAGACGUCGGAAAGGGUUGCGCCUCCGCCAUGAAACAAGCCGGCGCCCGCGUCAUCGUGACAGAAAUCGACCCAAUCUGCGCCCUCCAAGCUCUAAUGGAAGGUCUCCAAGUCCUAACCCUCGAAGACGUCCUCCCCCACGCCGACAUCUUCGUCACCACCACCGGAAACAAAGACAUAAUCAUGGUCGACGACAUGAAGAAGAUGAAAAACAACGCCAUCGUCUGCAACAUCGGCCACUUCGACAACGAAAUCGACAUGCUUGGACUCGAAACAUACCCAGGUGUGAAAAGAAUCACGAUCAAACCCCAAACUGACCGGUGGGUGUUCCCGGAGACGAAAAGUGGGAUCAUUGUGUUGGCGGAGGGGAGGCUGAUGAACUUGGGUUGUGCGACUGGGCAUCCUAGCUUUGUGAUGUCGUGUUCGUUUACUAAUCAAGUGAUUGCGCAGCUUGAAUUGUGGAAUGAGAAAGGAAGUGGGAAGUAUAAGAAGCAGGUUUAUGUUUUGCCUAAGCAUCUUGAUGAGAAAGUUGCUGCUCUUCAUCUUGAAAAGCUUGGAGCGAAGCUUACGAAGCUUAGUGAGGAUCAAGCUGAUUAUAUUAGUGUUCCUGUUAAUGGUCCCUACAAGCCUGCUCAUUAUAGGUAUUGAUUGAAAAAGGGUUUUGAAUUGUUGUUGAUUUUUUCUACGAAAUUUGAGUUUGAUUGUGGGUUUAGGAGAGAAAAUGGUGGAUUUAUGUUGAAUAAGGGUUGUGGAUGAAGGUUGUGUUGGAAUAUAGAAUUGUUUACACUUUACUUUGAAUGAGAAUAUCGUUACUUUACUUUUGUUGACAA